AUGGCCACCACUCUCUUUCCCAAUUCGAUUCCAUAUCCUGACGAUCAAGAUAUUGCUAACCUCAAACCUUAUUCUCAAUCGUAUUAUAUUACGAGCUUUGUAUUGGACAAUACAUAUUCGGAUCUGUGCUCGAUGAAUACUUCCUUCUCUGCAUCAUGGAUCGAGUCAAAUUCUUCAAGAAAUAAUCUCACCAAUUCAUGUUUUUCAUACUUUUGUGAGUGUUCCGUUGAUUCUCGUGUGUGUUUGAAUUUAACGCAUUCACUAAUCUCGAAUCAAACUUUUCAACGAGAUUAUUUUGUCAUGAUGAAUUAUUGUUUGUCUUGUAACACAGAGGAAGCACAUGCGUUUCGAAAGGAAAUUAAUGGAUCCAAUACCAAGUGUUCUCAACGAUUUCCAAGUUUGGAACGAAUUCAAAGAUCCAUGUUAAAACAUUGUAAUGGUGGAUUUUUGGAAGACAAGGCUCUAAAUUCGAUUCUUGCUUCAGCCUUAGAAAUAUAUAACUACGACAACACCACUACUAACACUUCGGAUGAUCUAUCAGGAUUAAGUCCUAAUUUUAACAUUGGCAUUGUGGAUUGGAGAUUCUUUCAACCCGAUUUGUAUUAUUCCAACAAGUACUUGAAAAAUUAUUCAUUGAAUAUUCAAGAUCAUACGCUUCAUCUCUUUGAGAGUUUAUUCCUAUCAGAGACUGUGAAUCCAGUCAUGUGUUGGUGUCGGAAUCAACCUUACCAGAAAUUUGCAUUUCAAUGUGGAGACGCCUAUGACCAUUUUUUCAUUCCUUUCAAGUAUAUUGGAACUCCCUUAAUUGUGAUUGUGUUGGCAUUACUGGCGCUCGUGAGUUCUAUCUUUUACAAUAGUCUACCUUUGAUUGUUUCAAAGAGGAAGAAAAUCUUCCAUCUUUUUCAACAGGAAAUUGCAUUACGUUCGACUUCACAAUGGUAUUUAGUGGUUUGGACAAAAAUCAUGCUGGAGCAAUGUUUUCUAACGGAUUUGAGAGCAGCUAUUCUAUUCUUUCAGACAUGUGCAUCGAUUUUCAUGGUGGUGGAGAAUGUUAUUGGCUUUGUGUGGAAUUUCAUGUUUUGGAAUUCUCAAUUUGAUAAUAAUGAACUCUAUGGAUGUUUUAGAGCUCUCUCAAUAUUUUCCAUGUCCAUGACAUUUACAGCAUUAUUGGUUCAUUGGUCACAUGUAGUGGAUUUGAUUAAUGCGACAGCCACAGUGUCGAAGCCAAAGAGACAUCUCUCACGAAAGAAUCUCAUUAUUUUGGUGUCCAUCUACAUGUUCAAUAUCAUUGUGAUUUUAAUAGGAUCGAUAGUUUCAGGAGUCUUACGAAAGAGCACUCCACUUUUUGCAUGCGCUGCAGCAGCCAUGAUUUUAUUACCCACGAUUUUGAUUAUUGCAUUUACUAUUUAUGGCUUUCGAAUUUAUUGGAGAUUGAAAAGAACUCAAACCAAUUUUGUGGAAUUGAGGUUUACAAGAUUUAUUAUUUUGUUUAAUAUUAGUUUAGCAAUAGGAUUUGGUUUGGCAUGUGUUUUCAUUCCAACUUUUAUAAUUCGAUGGGAUAUUUAUGGUAUCUUUGUUGGCCUUUUCAAAAACUUUGUUAUUGACUGUUCUUGUAUAUUAUUCAUUGCACUCAUUACUUAUAUUUUGUGCCAUGAAGGAGAAUUCAAACAAUGUUAUGGCUCGUGCUUGACACAAAUUUUCCUUUGUGAAUGUUCCAAAGAUCACUCCUCAGGAGAAUCAAACACCAUUACUAAAAUAGAAAAGCAACAAGUUUCACCAACAAGAACACUCCAUACUGAUUCGCCUUCUGUAAACAAUACUGUGGAAACAAACAUUAUUGCCACGGAUGACAGCAAGGAAGUGAAUAGUUCCUUCACAACACCUGUGAGCUCUAUUGCACAUUCAAAGAACAUUAAUGGAGGAAGUGAAAAGGCUCAAAGUUCCGUUUAA